UAAGGCUCUCCAAUGACCUUGCUACAAUCAGUUUCUUGUCAAAUUAUUAGGUGUUUGUAAGAGCCAAGCAGUGAGUCUUUUAUUUAAAUGUUUUUUGUUUAUUUUAUGACGCGAGAAGAGCUUAUAGAAAACACGGUUAACUAGUUCACGUGAGGCUCAAACCAUUUCUCCAAAAUAAGAGCAACUCCUGGGGUUAGUGACAUUUGCAGUUAUUUUCAUCAUAAACGAUGGAGGGAGAAGCGAUCGACAAACCGGUAAACAAAAGGGCGCGAAAAUGGUGGCGAAGGGCAAUACAUUUAAUUAGGAGCAUUCUUUCAUUAUUCCGACGUGCAUGUAAUCGUGGGUCCAGAGAAUCACUUGCAUCUGAUCCUGGCCCUGCUCGAAGCGAAAAUAGGCGGAGGGCAAUGGAGCCCAAUGAUUCAUCUGAACUAAGACCAUUGAUGCGAGGACCUAUGCCUAUAAAAGUUUCGAGUACUUCACCUCGCCCAAGAUCAUUUGAAUAUCAAGCUGAUGUUCACGCCGCACAAAGCCCAAGGGAACGGUCAAUUGCAAGUCCAGAUACUUCUGAGCAAGAGCAAUCUCAUUUGUCUUCGAAUGCACCCCUCAGUGACGAUGGAUCAGAACAAUUGCCUUCAGAUUCGGCACAAGCAAGAGCUAGUUCUUCCCUUUGUGAAGAAAUCGAAAUUGAUGAAGUUAAGGGUGGAGCGUUGAUAAGCGCUUUAGAUUUGGCAAAUGCUAUAAGGCAGGCGAUUAUGGCGAAAUCUGCUUCUUUGAUAACAGGAAUAUCGUCUUUUGGAUUGAAAACAGCAGCAUUUGCAAUGUCUUUCCGUUCGGAACCAGCUCCACGCGAAGAAGUAACUUCCCGCGGAGAAGCGAUUUCACAAUCAGGAGCAGCUGCUCACAGAGAAACAGUUUCACUUAGAAGAACAGUCUCACUCGAACAUAUGAUUUCACCCGUUGGCGCUGGUUUGCAAGGAGAAGCGGCUUUACCCGUAAGGGUGAUUUCACGCGAGAGGUCUUCUCACGGGGAGGCGGCUUCCCAGGAAGUGAUAAGUGCCCGAAGGGAAGCGAUUCGACCCGAGGAGAUGGUUCCAGAUGAAGAAGCGGGUCCAAGCAGGGAAGCAGUUCCAUGGGAGGAAGCACCUCCAUGCAAAGCGGAGGAUCAAGACGAUGAAGAUAAUGCACCAGGAGAAGCAGUUCAACUCCAGCAGAAGGCUUCAAACAGCGAGGCAUUUCCUCGAGAGGAAGCGGGUCCACACAGAGAUGUGGUCCAACAAGAAGAAGCGGUUUUACUCGAGGGGGCUGGUACACAAGCGAAAGCGUCUCCACAAGACGAAGCUGUUCCCGAACAUCCAGCAUUCUCAUCAAAUUCAGAUUCAGCAGCUACAUCCGAUUCCCACCAUGCUCCAGCAUAUUCACCACUUAGAAGUUCUUCAUCAGGAAUCGGUGUCUCACCAAUAAUGCCAGGAGAAGCCCGGGAAGCAAGUCCACCGCAAAUACCAAGUCCACAAAUAUCGAAAUGGAGACAUGGCUCAACGGCAAGCACAAACUCGGACCUUCCUUCCUUAGAAAUGGAUACAGUGUCCACUUCGGCAAUUCCAGCGGGUUCGCUUACAUUGGAAGCUUCCAAAUCUCCAAAAUCUCCCCCAAUACCAGGAGCAUUACAACCCUUGCGGCUCGGCUCACCGCCUUUACGGACAUCGUCAAAUUUGUUUGGGGAGGGACCAUCUGGUCUGUCUCGUACACAGCAGGAAGUUAGACCACCGCCACUACUUCGCGAUGCUAGCCGGUUCGCUGUCCAUUCAUCUCCUGAUUCGGGAGAUAUUACAUUUGAAAGCACAUAUUCUAGCCUUUCAUCCUUAUCGUUACCAUCAGACCCAGCAUUGGCUCUAGCGCAAUCGGCAGUCCAACCUCGAAAGAAGGUGGCAUUUGCUCCACUCAAAUCACCACCUCGGCCAGAUACUCCCCGCGAAAUAAUUGUGGCUCCCAUUGUCUUUCCGGAAGAACAUCUAGAAGGUGAAAGGCAGCCUCACGAAGGUCGACCAAUGUAUAUGCAACCUGAUCUAGAACAGCCAGAUCAACAUGGACAAAACGAUGGCGCUGAUCCAGAUCGCAACAAUAGAAACGCUGAACGUGUUCGAAUUAUGCGCAACGUACGACAUCCUGGUGAGGAUGAACCAAAUCAUGUCAAUCGACCUGCUAAUAUACGACUAGAGGAAAGAGAAGGGCAAAACCAUGAAGAGCAGCCCCAUAUUAUGCAGCUACGAAGAGACGACUUAGUGCACCAUCAGGUUGUACCUCCGGGACUACAACCAGACGAUGAAGUUGCACAAAUUAAUGCAGCACGCUUAGUUCACGACCCUGCAAGAUUUCUAGAUCCACGUGAAGCUCGGCGACGUUUUGACGACCGUCAUCUUUCACCACCUAUUAAUGGGUUACCUGAAAUAGAUCCCUUCCAUGAUGCAGAUGAAGACAGUUUAUCUGCAGACAGUGCAGAGAGUGCAGAGGAAGAAAGUCUCGAGGGUUUGAGCAUAGGAGAUGAUAGUCUGGAGGACGACGUCUUUGAAGCCAAUUGAAUGUUCUCAAAUCAUAAGUCACCUGAGUAUAUAUCAACAAGCGAAAUCGACUUAGACAAACUAAUUCCCAGCAAAUAGGGACAAUAUCAUCGUGCACUGCAAGGUAUACAGUUGACUCCAUGCUUGUGUUCACCAAACACACAUUCUAUGUUUCCGGCCACCGAAAUCACAUAUUUCAUAGACUACACAAAAGCCACCAUUCUGUCCCACGUUGUCUAAAUUUGCACAAGAAGAAGGAAUGAAGGAAGUUGAGUUUGCAUCUGAAUCUAGAACUUUGCUUGUCAACAUUUCUUCCAAGGUAUAACGUUGACAAUCGGAAUUCCAGUGUUCGGUGUGAUCCUCAAAUACAUUUUGCAGCUCUUUUUAUGCAAAUUUAAUUGCAAAGCUACGUGGAAAAUUUUUGAACUAAAAUCUUUAUGUGAGGAUAUUUUUUUUAUAUUUUAAAAUUUAACUGUAAACCAAUUUUUUAAAUGUUAAGGGAUGGUGGCUUUUGCGUUGCAAUCUAGAACAAAAUUAUGUUUUUUAUUAUCCAAUUUCGGUGUGUAUUGAUUCUCUGCAAAGCAUAAAUGCAGUUUGAAAGUUUCUUAUUUAUUUCAACUUAAUUUAAUCGACUUAAAAUAUUUCGGGUUGUUUCCAACAGGGCAACAACAUAUUAGUAACAAGUUUUAUAUUUCUAUUGACCAUUAUUUUUUUAAUAAAUGCUUUAGUUUAUCAUAUUCUGA